CCUUCCUUUCUCUCUCUAAAAGUUUGGAAAAUCGUUACUUUCUCUCUCUAACAGGACUCAUAGGUUUGGGGAGGCUCUCUCUCUCCCCUGUAUCCUAGCACUUUACGAAAUCCUGCAACUCUGUCAAUGCAGCAGCCAUGAUUCUCUCUCCAAAACUCCACAUCCAUCAUUCCUCUCUCCCUGUACUCACCGUCACCCCUCCCAGACCUCUAUUUUUCAAACACCUCACUCUGCAAAUCUCUUCCUCUGUACGCAACCCCAAAAACACCAAGACACACUUUCUCUCUCUACAAAACAAGACCAACCCCAAUAGCAACCACCCCAAAGACUCCAACACCCACAUUCUCUCUCUGCAAAACAACUCAGGGAAACCCCUUAAACCCCGCAUAAACCUCAGCGGACAAUCCACCACAUCUUUACCACCCCUGACCAAAUAUGUCCCUUACAGAAAGAACUGGUUCUUGGAUCUUGCAGAAGUUUAUGGAUUGGAAAUGGUGGUUAUGAGUGGGUUAAGUUAUUGGGUUCAGGGGUUUAGGUGUUUUCCAUGGCUUGCUCUGAAUUUUUACUUCAAAGAUGGGUUGGGUGUGGACCUUGCAACUCUUCAACUGGUUCAGUAUUCAGCUAACUUGCCCAUGGUGGCCAAGCCCAUCUAUGGCCUUGUCACUGAUUCUGUAUAUAUUGGAGAUGCGCAUCGUCUGCCCUAUAUCUCUCUAGGAGUUCUUUUGCAGGCAUUUUCGUGGGGAAGCAUAGCUCUCUUGCCAUUUUCAAGACUAAACAUAUCAGCUUUAAUGGCUUUAAUCCUUCUAAGUAACCUUGGUGCGUCCAUUACAGAAGUAGCGAGUGAUGCUCUCCUUGCAGAAUGUAGCAAAAAAUGCAAAAUCCAAUCAUCCUCUGGUGUGCUCCAAUCCCUCGCAUUUAUGGCCCUUGCUUUAGGAGGGAUUAUGGGCAAUUUAUGGGGAGGAAUAAUCCUAGAAAAAACUAGACCUACAGUCAUGUUCCUCAACUUUGUCUUCCUUCUUUUGCUACAACUCUUUGUCUCCUCCACCACUGAUGAGAGAUCCCUCAACCUCCCAUCUCCUGGCCCCAGUGUGCCUCUCCUGAAACAACCAAUCUCAAAAAUCACAGAGAACCAACCCUCUUCAACCCCUAUUCUUUCUCUCCUCACAGAACCCAUCCCAAAAAUCACAAAAACUGAACUGCCUCAAAGUCUCUCUAUACUAGAGAAACCUUUCCUGAAAACUGUAGAAAAGCACCCAGUUCACCCAGUUCCAAAUGCUACUCUCACCCUAAUCAAAAACCCAAUGUCAGAAACCAUCAAAAAGCAAUUCUCUGACCUUAAGAGGGCCAUAAAAGACCCGAGCAUAUCCCGCCCUCUUUCUUGGGCUGUUGCUUCCACUGCAAUUGUGCCCAUUCUCUCAGGCACCCUCUUCUAUUUCCAAACCGAAUACCUCAAGGUGGGUGCUUCCAAAAUUGGCCUAUCAAAAGUUAUAGGUCAGGCUUUAGUGCUUACCAUGACUGUUUUAUAUAACCAAUUUCUAAGGGGAGUUCCUGUGAGAGGACUGGUUUUUGCAGUUCAAAUUCUAUAUGCAGCUUCUUUUCUCUUUGACCUGGUUCUAGUGAAACAGCUCAAUCUAAGAUUGGGGAUCUCAAAUGAGGCGCAUGUUUUGUGGAUUUCGGCACUUGGGGAAGCAAUUUCUCAGUUCAAAAUUCUGCCUUUCACUGUGUUUUUAGCGAACCAGUGUCCGUUAGGUCUUGAAGGUUCGUUGCUGGCCUUUUUCAUGUCAGCUCUCUGUCUGGCCUCGAUAUUUAGUGGGUAUGUUGGGGUUGUUCUUGCUUCAUUCAUGGGUGUCUCUUCAAAUGGUUAUGGAAGCUUGCCUGUUGCCAUUGGGCUACAGUUUUUCGCUGCAUUGGUGCCUUUGCUGUGGAUUUCUUAUGUACCAAGUUCUAAGAUCUUGCUGAAGAAGAGGGGUGUGGGUAGGAAGGUGGGGAGGUAGGAAUUUUUGAUUUGGUAUGUUUUGCCUGGUUCAGAAAUUCUUUUGAGAGAGAUAGAGGGAGAGAGGACAUUGGCUGCUAUUUGGAGGAAUUCCUUUGGAGGGGAGGUUGGGCACUGGGGAGUGGUGACUAAAACAUGUAUAUAUGUGGCCAUAGAUUCUUCAGAAAUUCUUUAUGGUAGAGGAUUACAGUCUAUGCCCUGUUUAAAGUUUUGGAGAAAUUUGAUGUAAGAGAGUUUAUUUAUUUUUUAAUAAAUCCGUUUG